CUGUUUAUUACUUACAUAUAUGUCGAUCGUACAGUGCAAUGCUGCGGUAGCAUCCCCGUCUGACCCCAAAUAUCCUUCGUGGCCCGACUCGAGCUUCGCUAUAAAGCGCUCUUCGUUCCCUUCAACUUGAGACCUGCAUGAUGUGACAGCGACCUGCCUAGCCAUCAUACAUUCCGCACUCGACAGGCUUGUGUGGUAUCGCGGCGCACGGUCACCAUGCUUAACAACGCAGUUUCCUCCAGCGCCACUUUGGCUUCACUCCUCGUUUCAAUAGCCACGUGUGCAUGCACGCCCAGCAGAAACAUCUCCCGAGAUGUGGUCAUCAUUGGCGGCGGCGCCUCGGGCUCGCAUGCCGCUGUAUGGCUGCGUGACCAAGGCAAGAGUGUCGCGUUAGUGGAAAAACAAGGCGUGCUUGGUGGUCACACUGCUGUCUACAAUGAUCCGGAUACGGGCAAACCAAUCAACGUCGGUGUGCAGAGCUGGAUUGAGUAUGAGAAUACCAUGGACUUCGUGAAACGCAUGGGCGUGUCCACCAACGGCUCCAUGCAGUUCACCACGCUCACUAGCAAAUUCAUUGACUUCAAGACUGGCCUUCCCGUCGACGGCUAUGUCUUGCCCGCUGACACUGACAAAUAUGCCGCGUUCCAGAAAUUCCUCGACAUUUGUGAGAAAUACCAGGAAAUGGUCCUCCCAGGCUUCUUCAACUUCCCAGAUGCCAACUCCAUUCCAGAGGACCUGCUCAUGCCCUUCAGCCAGUUUGUAAACAAGCACAACAUCUCAGCCGGCGUCCCAGGUAUCUGGGAAGCCACUGCAAUGGGACUCGGCAACACAAUGGAUGUGCCUACAUUGUACGUGAUGCAAGCCUCCGGUGUGCCAAUGGUUCGUGCCCUACUUGGUAUUGGAGCUGCCGUUGUCCCACCUUCCGGCAGUCUUCACGAGCUUUACGAGGCGAUUGCAACCUUUCUUGGUGACGACGUGCUCUAUUCAAGCACGGUUGUCAAGUCAAUGAGACACGAGAAUGGUGUAUCAGUCCAUAUAGCCAAUGUCAAUCAGAUAGUGACUGUGAUUAAUGCCAAGCGCCUCCUCAUUGCUAUCGAGCCCACGGUGGAAAACAUGGCACCUUUUGCUCUAGACGAUACUGAGGCUGAGGUCUUAGACAAGUUCGGCUUCGCCACGGUAUUUGCCGGUAUCCUCAAACACCCUUCCUUAGAGCUCAGUACGUCCUACUCCAACACGCUCCCCGCCGCCGCGCCCGACAACUGGACUGUCUACCCAACCGCGUCGCAGGUUGGGCGCAUCGACUAUCUGGGUGAAACCGCGGACCUCUUCCAGUUUACUGCAGUCGGCACAGAACAGGACACGGCAGAAUCCAUGCAGGUUCUCAUCGGCGAGACUAUCGAUACUAUGAUCGCGGCAGGUACUCUUCCCGCGUCCAAUGGAUCCGUCAGCUUCCCGGCGUUCGCCAACCACGGCAUGAUGCACUCGCGCGUUUCGGCCGACGAGCUCCGUGCUGGCUUUAUCCAGCAGCAGUACGCUCUGCAGGGCCACCGCUCAACGUAUUACACAGGGGCUGCAUUCAGUGCGGGUUUCUCAACAAUCCUAUGGGCCUUUAACGAGGAGCUCCUUCCCAAAAUUAUCCAAGAAAUCUAGUAUCGCC